AUGAUGGCUUGCCGGGGUCAUCAGCACCCUGUGGGACGCCUGGGUGGGACACCAGGCUCACCGGUGUCCCCGCAGGCGCUGGGUGAGGCGGACCAGGUCCGGAUGACCUCGGAGGGCUCCGACUGCCGCUGCAAGUGCAUCCUGCGGCCGCUCAGCAAGGACGCCUGCAGCCGCGUCAGGAAUGGCAGCAUGCGGGUGGAGGACUUCUACACGGUGGAGACGGUGAGCUCGGGGGCCGACUGCAAGUGCUCCUGCACGGCCCCCCCCUCCUCGCUCAACCCCUGCGAGAACGAGUGGAAGAUGGAGAAGCUGAAGAAGCAGGCGCCCGAGCUCUUCAAGCUGCAGUCCAUGGUGGACCUGCUGGAGGGAACGCUCUACAGCAUGGACCUGAUGAAGGUGCACUCCUACAUCAGCAAGGUGGUGGCCCAGAUGAACACGCUGGAGGAGACCAUCAAGACCAACCUGAGCAGGGAGAACGACUUCAUGAAGGAGAGCGUCCUGCACCUCACCGACCAGAUGAGACGCUACGAGAACUACUCCGACAUCAUGAUCAGCAUCAAGAAGGAGAUCUCCAACCUGGGUUACCAGCUGCUGCAGAAGGAUGCUGCUGCCGUCCCCGAGAGCAAGGCACAGGACACGGCAGGCGGACGAGAGAAGGAGGCAGGACGGUACCCCAGCACCCGCAAGGCACUGGGCGACAGGGCGGCCCCCCGAGCGCCCAAGGAGAAGCAGCUGAAGCCCGAGAAGGCCAAAAAGGAUAACGCAAAGGCCAGGGGGGUGUCGCAGCCUACGCCCAAGCCCAAGCCACCCGCACACCAGCAAACCGUGGUCCGGGGCAUCACGUACUACAAGGCCGGGCAGGCGGGGGCAGCGGAGGGGCCAGCUGGCGGCCGCGAGAGCCCUGUGAGGGGGGCGGCUGCACUGGAGCGGCAGGAGGAGAGGGGCCCCCCGCCCCCCCCAGCUGAGGAUACCCCAGCCCAAGCCAUCGCACAGGCAGAGACCACCGUGCCCAGCACCACGGCUGCGCCCAGCACCACCCCGGCCCCCCGCACCACUGCCCGCAGCCACCCCGCCACCGUCCGUGGGCAGGGGGCUGACAGCACCGGGGGCCCUGAAACACCAAACAGAGUGAAGGAGGUGGAGUGCGAAGGCACCAUCGAGUCGGUGGAGCCCCCCACAGAGCACCACAGCUACGGGCGCAACGAGGGGGCCUGGAUGAAGGACCCGGUGGCCAAGGAUGACCGCAUCUACGUCACCAACUACUAUUAUGGCAACAGCCUGGUGGAGUUCAGGAGCCUGGACAACUUCAAGCAGGGCCGCUGGAGCAACCUCUACAAGCUGCCCUACAACUGGAUAGGCACCGGGCACGUGGUGUACCGGGGAGCCUUUUACUACAACCGCGCCUUCACCAAGAACAUCAUCAAGUACGACCUGAAGGAGCGGUACGUGGCGGGCUGGGCGCUGCUCCAUGACGUGGUGUAUGAGGACACGACGCCCUGGAAGUGGAGGGGCCACUCAGACAUUGACUUUGCUGUGGACGAGAGCGGGCUCUGGGUCAUCUACCCCUCCGUGGACUUCGACUACUCGCAGCAGGAGGUGAUCGUCCUGAGCCGACUCGACCCUGGGGACCUCUCGGUGCGCAGGGAGACCACCUGGAAGACGGGGCUGAAGCGCAACGCCUACGGGAACUGCUUCAUCAUCUGUGGCAUCCUCUACGCCGUGGACACCUACAGCCAGAAGGAAGGGCACAUCUCCUACGCCUUCGACACGCACACGGACACGGAGGCAGAGCUCCGGCUGCCCUUCCUCAACCAGUACGCCUUCACCACGCAGGUCGACUACAACCCCAAGGAGAAGGUGCUCUACGCCUGGGACAACGGCCAUCAGAUGACAUACAGGCUCCACUUCGUGGUCUAAGUGCCCG